AUGGAGACCAAGAAGCCCAGGAUGAUCCUGCUGGCCGCGGCUGCAGGAGGACGCCGGCGUCUCGUCGACCUCCCGGAUCCGCCGUUAGCGCCCAACGGGCAGCCGCAGCCGCAGGGGCCGGACACGGCGGGCGGCGGCCUCUCAUCGUCGUCGGGCGUCGUGCUGCUCUUCUUCUUCCUCGUCGCGAUCAUCAUUGCCUGGCUGCUCUACUUCUGCGACAACAAGGAGGAGCAGGACACCAGCCGCGAAGACGACGACGUGGAGUCGGGGAAGAAGGCGGCGGCGGAGGCGCCGCUGGAGUGCACGUGCACGUACCGGGCGGCGGAGGGGUGGGAGGAGAGCACGUGCUCGGUGUGCCUGGCGGAUCUCGCCGACGGCGAGGCCGUCCGGGUGCUGCAGCCGUGCAUGCACUACUUCCACCCCGCCUGCGUCGAGCAGUGGCUGCGCAAGAGCGCGACCUGCCCGAUCUGCCGCGCGCCGACGCUCGCCGCAGCAUGCAGCAGCCAAAGGCGGCCGGCGCCGCCGGACCUGGCUAGUAGUAGUACGUAA